AUGGGAGCGUCUGAACAAAAAUAUGCAGCUGUUCGGAAUAUGAUUUCUUUUUGGAUAUUCGGAAUGUGCAACAACUUCGCCUAUAGCGUAAUGCUUGGCGCUGCUCAGGAUAUUCUAAAGAGAAGUUCGGGAAGUGCAGUCAAUGAAGGAAAUUCCACUGAUCAUUGUGUGGAAGAAAUCACAUUUCGUGACUGCGCACCUGCGUCAGCUGGAGUGGUUUUACUGUGUAAUAUUAUACCAUGUCUGAUAGUGAAGCUGUUCUGUCCGUUUUUUAUGCAUCACAUACCGUAUGCAGUUCGACAUCUCAUUAUUUGCGUGGCUCAAACUGCUUCGCUGUUAGUGACAGCAUUUGCGAACUCAGUGCCGGAAGCCCUUUGCGGUGUGUUGCUUGCAUCGUUCUCAUGUGGUUUCGGUGAAACAACCUAUCUGGGUUUAUCCAGCCAUUAUUCGAAAAAUACAAUUUCGACAUGGUCCUCUGGAUCUGGUAUGGCUGGUUUUGCUGGUACAUUUUCUUAUGCAGCGCUAACUGAUGUGAAUCUUCUCGGAUUAACACCAACAAAUGCUAUGCUGGUUAUGCUCAUCGUACCGAUCUCAUUUACGUUCUCUUAUUACUGUCUUUUGGUACGUGCUCCUACUGUACCUGCUAUUAGUGCAUUUAAACCGUCCACAUGGUUAGAUCUGUCUACGCCUUAUAAGCGAGAUAUUGAGAAGUCUGACACGUGCUCUGAUGUUGAGGUGAAAGGAGCGAUGGAGAAGGAAGCGAAGGUAGACGCCCAGAAUAGACCAUUCGAUGAGCAACUCAUUGUUAUUAAGGGCCUAAUGAAAUACAUGAUUCCCUUCGGGACCGUCUACUUCAUGCAGUAUUUCAUUAAGCAGGGACUUAUCGAAAUGGUUGUCUUUGACUGUUCUCAUGGUUUUCACACCAGUCCAGCUUCUCAAUACCGAUGGUAUCAGGUAUUCUACCAUAUUGGAGUGUUCCUCUCUCGCUCCUCCAUCAAUAUCAUCAAGCUCAACCUGCUCUGCAUUUCGCUCACCGCCGUCAUUCAGACCUCAUUCGCUGUUCUCCUUUUCGCCACCGCAAUCUAUGCCUUCAUUCCUCACGUUCUGAUUAUUUGCGUUCUAAUGUUUGUUGUUGGUUUUGUAGGCGGAUGUAACUACGCUAAUACAUUCUAUCAUAUCCACAAAAAAGUGGAUCCAACAAUUCGGGAAUUUGCUCUGUCUACGGUCACUUUUGCUGACACUAUCGGAAUUCUUGCGGCGGCUGUUGCUGCAAUUCCAGUACACAACUGGAUUUGUGCGAUGCAAUGGUAUGGAUAG